AUGCGCAGGUUUGCAACAAGAUCAUGGCACUUUAUGGACGCUUAUCACAGAGGCUUAAAUGGGAAGCAAGCUGCUUGGGCAGCGAAAAGGUAUCAUGGACAUCAUGUCCUUCCUGAUUCAAUCCUGAGUGAGCUUGAUGCAGCAAAGAUACUAUAA